AUGCCUCGUGAUGCCGAUUUCCUCAGCCCUCGCGAUCUCCUCAUCAACGACAACUUCUGCCUGAAGUUGGCUUCGUUCAAGCAGCUCGCAAAUGUCAUUGUGAAGACGGAGAACCUGCCCCGGGACGAUGAUAGCCUCCGCCAGAAGACCGGAUUUUGGGAGAGCGGUUACCAGAUUGUGCAGAACGUCGCUCUCAACCUGAAUACACCGUCUGUCAGAAGGUCUUGGACCUUUGCGACCGUUCCCCCGACGACUACGACAAAAUCUUCACGGACCUCAAAGCCUUGCGCAAGGAUCCCGACAACGAGACCCUGCGCAAGAAGGUCCUGCAAGAGGUCAAUGACCGCCACUCCGAGGUCAAGGCUCUUCGGGACCAAGCCACCAUCUGGAGCAGAGAUCUGCAUUCCUACAGCAUGGACGCGGGUGAUUGCGAGACGGCAGUGCGUGACCUGGCUGCCCCCUUUCAGGGCUCCGCGUUACGCGAUCGGUUGA